AAUUAAUAAAUUUAUAAAGUAACAACCUUUUGCUGAUCUACUUAUUUUUAACAUAUGAUUUAUUUUUUAAAAAAGUCAAUAAGAAUUUGUGUCCUCAGUUCGUAAGUUGGGGAAGAUUUACAUUUUUUUUCUCUGAGAGUCCAAUUAAAUUGAAUUAAGAAGAUGAAUCUAAUCGUAGAAUCUAAGAUGUAAUACAUACAGCGAAUAAACAACAAAAUAUUAAAAUCAAAAUAUGCUAUAAACUUAAGCUCAGUUAUCCUCCACCAAUACAUCAAGCUCAAUCGACAAAACGAGCUGGAUCAGGGAGGUAACGUGCUAUGAAUGAGUUAUCAAAGAAAAGGGAGAUUCAUUAUGUGACAAAUUCCAAUUUCGAUCGUUCGAGAAAGAAACUUUUUGAUAUAUUUAAUAAAGGAAAAAUAUCCAGAUCCAAAUAAUGAUAGAAUUUGGAAAAGAAUUAAAAGCGAUGAAAAAUACAUAUUCAGGAAAACUGAAACGAUUGUAUCUUCAGGAGUUAUUCUGUUAUUAUUGUGUUCCAAGAGUUAGUAUUUCAGCAUAAGAUAUCGUUUCUAUUUUUGUCAAUGAUUGUCUGCAUGGCGGAUAUGCCAUCUUCAAGAAUGGCAGCACAGAUACAUCAUGUCAACGUUUGGUUUGUUGACGAUUAUAGUAGCCCAGAGCCUCCUCUAUACAGGGUUCGAAGCCAUAACUUCUGGCGUGAGAUCAAAUCCUGUGACCUAGUUCCUAAGGUAACUCGGUACCUGGACCACCAUGAUGCCCUAGCGUCGGAAGAGACCUCUCAGGCUUUCCGCCAUAUGACGCCGAUGGCCCAUGUUGAACUAGAGAAUGCUUUAAUAUAUAAAUAUGGGCAUUCGUAUGGGAGACCGAGGGUAGGAGAAAGAGAGGAAGGUCUCAUGUCAGGUGGAGAGAUGUGGCUGAGAGCAGCGCCGGCCUCAGGGUGA